AAUUAUAUUACUCUGUACAUUCAUUACAUUCAUUACAUUACACUCCGUCCCUUACCUACAUUCACAUUACCUUGUUGCCUCGAAUGAUGCAGUCUAUUUUAACCUCAUCUUCAUCAUAUCUUAGAGAGCGGUGACGAUCUUUUCACAUUAUUACAUAUCAACAACCAGAUAGCCAGACGAAACCACAUCACAAACAUCAUCCACCCUUCCAAACCAAAAAUCGAGGUGGCUGAACAGAGCCGAAACUUCAAUCCUAAAACUCUAGACCAGAGCAUUUUCUCAAGAUUCCACUAGGAAUUGGGUCUUUUUCCUAAAAAAACUAGCUUGAGCACUUGUUUCUACAACAUUUACAAUAAUAAUAAACGACAGACCCGAACUACUUAAUAUCAAACUCCGAGCAUAACCUCUUUACCACAACGAAUUGAAACUCUUCGAAUCAUAACCCUAUCAUCAAAUCGCAUAAUCAAUUAUUUACAACAGUAUACAUGCCUGGAAUCAUCAUGGCGGAAGUCCAGCAACCGUCUCUGCAACAAAGCCAACCACGAGCAAUCCCUGGACAGGACACUGCUUUGCAGAUAUCACCCCCAGCUUCCACAACAUUACCGCAAUCUGCCUCGACAAAUCGCAUUCGAAAUUCGCAUCUCGCUUUAGAUACCUUUUCUCCUGUGAACCAGAAUGGAAGCUUUGAGUGUGAUCGUGUAUUGAAGAGUGGUUAUUUGCAGAAACGAACGAGGAAAACAAAGGCAUGGAAACCCGUAUUCCUCGUCCUGAGACCAAAUUACCUCUCAAUCUACAAAGACCAAAAUGAAGAUAAACUUCGUCAUAAGAUUCACCUCUCCGAUUUAACAGCCGUCGCCUUUCUCAAAGAUCCCAAACAAAAGCGGCGCAAUGUCUUCGGUCUCUUUACUCCCGCUCGCAACUAUCAUCUGGAAGCCACCACCAAAGGCGACGCCGAACAAUGGGUCGAUCUCAUCCGCAAAGAAGCACGAAUCGACGAAGAAGAAGAGGAAGAAAUGUUACUCGCCAGUCCCUCCGGUAACGUAAAUAGUACCUAUCCGGGCUUCGAUCAAAGCAUGGCGCACGAGCAACUCCAACGAAGAACCGAAGCCCAAAUUCUGCACGACGAAAGACUAGGAAGUAGUUCCCCGGAACCCACAGAAUCCAUCAUCCCCCGCGCAAACAAGAAACAAAACAUGUCGGCCAUGGGAGGAGGAAGACGUCCCUCCAACACGAUUGAAUAUUCCGGCAACGAACUUGUCUCCGACGCCGAAUUCUCAGAUACAGAUCUCGCGCGUGUCCCCGGAAUGUCGACGCUUUCUCUGACUCUGCACAAUCCUCCUCCAAACCCGAAUCCCAAUCCCGAUCUCGAAGUUAAACCUCCCACGACCACUCUCCCCCUCGGCCGCAACACAUCACAGUUAUCCCUCUCGCACCCGAAUCCCCUCCCCGAACACGAUCCCGAACGUGUAGUGUACCAAGGAUAUCUUCUGUAUCUGCGCUCGAAAAAUGGGAUUCGUUCUUGGAAAAAUCUCUGGGUUGUGCUUCGUCCGCGCUCAUUAUCUUUCUACAAAAACGACUCGGAAUACUCGCCCGUCAUGAUUCUAUCCAUGGAAAAUGUAAUUAAUGUUGUGGAAAUCGAUCCGCUGAGUAGGACGAAACGAUAUUGUUUUCAAGUAAUUGGUGAGGAGAAAAGUUUUAAAUUCUGUGCGGGAAGCGAAGGGGCGUUGGUUAAUGUCUUGGGAGCGUGUAAGAGUUUGUUGGCGAGGAGGAAGGGUGGCGUAGGUGCUUGAGUUGCGAGAUGAGAGAUCAUUCAUCCCCUUAUACGGGAUGAAAUGAAUCGAGAAGAGAAGAACAUUAGAUAAGAUAAGAAAAGGAUUCCUAUUAUCCAGCGUUAGGAAUUGUACAUAAGCUGGUAGAUUUGAGCGAACGUGCUUGCGAGCGGGAAUCGGAGUGGGAGUAUGGAUACAGGCAAUGCAUGCAGAGGAAGAGUGUGAUCAAGGCGUUGGGCAGCGGAAAUGGGAGCGCGGAUUGGGAAUGGGAUGAAAGUUCAGAAAGUCCCGGACUGAUAUAAUAACGACACGAAACGAAACUUAUGAUGAGAUGUAAAUGUUAAUCGGAACUCAAUAUGCAUAUUUAUUUUUGUACAUUUUGGUUGUUUGUUUGUGGUUUUGUGUGUGUGUGUGUAGUUUUGAUUUUGAUUUUGGUACGAGGGUAGAAAGGAAAGGAAAGGAAAGGAAAGGAGAAAAGAAAUAGGCGAGUAUGUAUGGUGAAAAGAGAGGGGAGAAGGAGAUAGACGAGGAGAGGAGAAGAAAAGAGGAGGGAGGGAGAGAAUGGGUAAUUAGAAAGAAGG